UCAGCUGUCCCAUACUCUCUAUCAGUUAUCACACAUUGUGGUCGACAAUACAACACACACUAAGUGGUGGAGCCAAUACAACUUGCAUCCCCGGCCCCCACCCACCACCCCAUGGCCGGCGGAGACGCCACCACCGCCGUGGCAGGCGACCGCCCUUUACAGGCACCACUUCGGCUGGUUCACGACGUUGUGAGGAUCUCUCAGGCCGGCUUCUCAGGUUCUUUUCAGAAAGACUGUACUAAUUUGGCUAGGAGAGUCUCGCUCUUGGCUCAUUUGCUUGAAGAAAUCAAGGAGUUUAAAGGCUAUGAUGACAAUGGUCAUGCGGGCUCCUCUUCUUCUUCCUCCAAUUCUUCCCUUUUCGAUCUCUCUUUGGCACUUGAAGCUGCUAAAAGGUUGCUUCUUGCUGCGAACACUUUUGAUCCCGAGAUUUCUUCAGCUGAGUUGGCAAAGAAAUUCUCUUUUCAAUUCCAAUGUGUGACGUGGAAAUUGGAAAAAGCUCUAGCAAGCAUACCAUAUGAUCAUUUUGAUAUUUCAGAAGAAGUUCAAGAGCAGGUUGAAUUGGUUAGGUCACAGCUGAGAAGAGCCACUGAUAGAUAUGGUGGGCCUUUAAAUUCAAAUAUGUUAUCACGGGCAUUAUCACAACCCUUGAACAGAGAUGUUGAUCCAUUUCAUCUAAGGAAUAGAUUAAUUGGAAGCCUUCACAUAGCUAAUAUAGGUAAUAUUGAUCAUGGGCGAGAAAAGGUUGGGUCUGUUGCAAACAUUAAGGACUCAGAAGGCGAUGAUGGUUCAGUUCAAAUUGUUCAGGAGCAGGGAAGGCGCAAGAGUCUUUCCAGAUCAUCUAAGAUUUGUCAGCCAAAGGAUUCCGAGACUAAUGGCAUUGAUGAAUCUUGCUGUUCCACCAAGAGCCCAGAAGAGAACAAGAAAUCUGAUUCUUCUAUAGUUCCUGAUGAUUUCCUAUGCCCUAUAUCUCUUGAGUUAAUGAGGGAUCCUGUUAUUGUGGCUACAGGACAGACUUAUGAGAGAUCAUACAUCCAAAGAUGGAUAGAUUGCGGAAACACAACUUGUCCAAAAACUCAGCAGAAGCUUGAAAAUCUCAAACUUACACCAAACUAUGCUUUAAGAAGCCUGAUAAGUCAAUGGUGUACAGAGCACAAUGUAGAGCAACCAACAGCGUUAACAAAUGGGAGGAUCAAAAAGAGUGAUGGGUCAUUUCGUGAUGUUAGUGGGGACAUUGCAGCUAUUGAAGCACUUGUCCGCAAGCUCUCAAGCAGGUCCAUUGAGGAACGCAGGGCUGCUGUAGUAGAGAUUCGAUCACUUUCUAAAAGAAGCACAGAUAAUCGGAUCUUGAUUGCUGAUGCUGGAGCUAUUCCUGUCCUUGUUAGUCUGUUGGCAUGUGAAGAUAAUCAAACUCAGGAGCAUGCUGUCACUUCUAUUCUCAACCUCUCCAUAUUUGAAAAUAACAAGGGGCUUAUAAUGCUUGCGGGUGCUGUUCCUUCUAUUGUUCAGAUCCUUAGAGCUGGAAGCAUGGAAGCAAGAGAGAAUGCAGCAGCAACCCUCUUUAGCUUGUCCCUUGCAGAUGAGAAUAAAAUUAUAAUUGGCGCAUCAGGGGCAAUACCGGCUUUGGUAGAUUUGCUCCAAAAUGGGAGCACCAGAGGAAGGAAAGAUGCUGCCACAGCAUUGUUUAAUCUGUGUAUUUAUCAAGGAAAUAAAGGCAGGGCUGUUAGGGCUGGCAUCAUUACAGCAUUGCUAAAAAUGCUGUCUGACACGAGCAGUGGCAUGGUUGAUGAAGCUCUGACUAUUCUUUCAGUUCUUGCUGGCAACCAAGAAGCUAAGGCUGCCAUUGUGAAAGCUAGCACAAUUCCUGUGUUGAUCGAUCUGAUGAGGACAGGUCUGCCGCGUAACAAGGAAAAUGCAGCUGCUAUUCUACUUUGCUUGUGCAAAAGGGAUCAAGAUAAUCUUGCUUGUCUAAGCAGACUUGGCGCGGUUAUUCCUCUUACAGAGCUUACCAAGAAUGGCACAGAGAGGGCUAAGCGGAAGGCUAAUUCAUUAUUGGAGCACCUUCGCAAGUCUAAUUAUCUGUAACAAGUGCUAUAGAGGUGAAGAUCCUCCCAAUUAUUUUUUUUUCUUUGAUUCUUAUAUUACAUAAUUCUACACGUUCUCUUUUUGAAGUGUGAAAAGAGAAAGAGCUAUUACAGAUGAGAAGAUGAAGCCAUUCUCAUCACUUGCAUUGUAUUUAUCUAUUGUUUGUGAGUGUAUCUCUUUCUUGUAUGACGAGUGUGCGAAAGAAAUCUCUGGACAUUUUUUUUUUAAAUUCAUUUAUUGAGACUAAUCAUACUGCUGGAUUUGAAUUCCAUUGGAAAAUUACAUUAUCUGCAAAGAAAUGUACAAUAAUAGUUUUUCUUUUC